GUCCACAUUCCAUUCCGCUAAAGGGACUGGGAAUGAAAAGUGCGCGGUCGGCGAAUACUGGAACAGGAGCCAGUGAUUGCAACGUAGAAUUUCAGUGUUUUUGUUAAGUUUUUUGCACGCAAUCGCCGUCAAGGUGGCGAAAAUUAUGCUUGUGCUCUGUUGACUUAGUUAAUUGUGUCUACGGCAUCAGGAAUGUGGUUUGGUCUUGCUCCAAAAAUUCCGUGGCGCUAUCCUGAAGUCCAUUCGCACUUGCAUUGCCGAAGAUGAGGCCAGGUGUCGACAGGCCUAGUCGACGGAAGAAGAAGGUCGAUUAUUUGGAAGCGAAUAGUGACAAUGAAUUCCUUUAUGCCGACCAAGCCAGCCCAAAUUCCAGCGAAAGCAAGAACCACUCAGAUUCAGAUGAUGCAGGUGACAUUCCUCCAGAGUUCAGAAGUGCUGGUCUCAUCGCGCAAAUGGAUAUACCUAAAGGCAAGGUGUUUGGGCCCUUUGCAGGAGUUAUCAGUGAGCAAAAGGCAUCUCCCUCAACAAUGCAUACCUUUAUCUGCAAGGUGAAAGAUUCUAGUACACUUGGAUUCAAAUACUUUCAUGCCAAUAAAAAUGAAAAGAAAAAAUGUGAUUGGCUGAAGAUGAUCCAACCUCCAUUUGGUAGUAAAUCUAACAACAUUGUUGUCUAUGGCAAUAAUGAUGGUGUGCACUACAAAGCUAUUGAGGACAUUGCCAUCGGGGAAGAAUUGCUGGCAUUGUGUGAAGAUCAUCAACCAGGUUCAAUCCGAAAAUGGGCAGUUUCUUCUCGCAAAAAACGCCCAUCGGUUAUAGUUUUGAAAAAAACGGGCGGUGAUGAAGCCUUGGGCCUAAGUGAAUCAGUCCAAGUGGAAACUCAAAAGCGAGAAAGAAGUAGGAGGAACAAUAGGAGAUCAAGCUUAGCAAUUCAAGAAAAACAGGACUAA